AUGCUAAACAGCCCUAACGGCGGUUCUGGCGUUGGUGGCGGUGACCCAAACAGCAAUGCCUCCCUGCGUCGCUACCGAACUGCCUUCACGCGCGAGCAGCUGACGCUGCUGGAGAAGGAAUUCUGCCGCGAGAACUACGUCUCUCGACCGAGACGAUGCGAACUAGCGGCGGCACUCAAUUUGCCCGAAAGUACCAUUAAGGUCUGGUUUCAGAAUCGGCGCAUGAAGGACAAGCGCCAGCGAAUGGCGCUCACAUGGCCGUACGCCAAUCCGCAUCUGGCGGCGUACAUGUUCGCCGCAGCGGCUACCGCCGCCGCCUACGGCCAACCAGCGGCCAUCACAUCUUUACUUGUAUUCCCUUAG